CAUUAAAUUUAACGAUCUCAAUUAGUUGACAGAAAACAGCUCAGAAAGUAUGAUGAUGUUGAAGGUGACUACAUUAUUGACAGUCGUAGUACUGCUACUGACCGGCCGCUCGCAUGGUCAGGGAGUAUCGUUGACCGAUUUAAUAAAUCAAAAUUUCGGAGCUACAUCGAACCAAACAAAUACUGCAGAGCUAAGUGGAGAUUUGAAUGAUAUAAUCAAUGAUACUUUUCUAACAAAACCGAACAAAACAACUACUCCCGAUUUCAAAACAACAACUACGGCACCAGGUGUUUACAAAUCAUGUGGUCUUGAAAAGGAAUGUGUACCCCGGCAUUUGUGUUUGGAUGGACGGGUGAAUACGGAUGGCAUAGGUUUGCUCAAUAUUCGUAUUGAUGGUUCCGAGUGUGCAUACAAUGAGCUUUGCUGUGCUCUUUCCGAUAAGACAACCAAACCAGUGGUACCUCCCGUCCCCCCAGUACAGCAUGAUGGCUGCGGUUGGCGCAACAAGGACGGCAUUGCAUAUCGAAUUCAGGGUGCCCGCGAUAAUGAAGCCGAAUUCGGAGAAUUCCCCUGGAUGGUGGCCAUUUUACGCGCCAUGGAUUAUGUUGGCGACAUUAUAUACCAGUAUGCCUGUGGCGGUUCGCUGAUAGCCAAAAAUGUCAUCUUAACUGCGGCCCACUGUGUCAUCAAUCGUGAAGCAAACGAACUCAUUGUUCGUGCAGGCGAAUGGGAUACCAAGACCACCAACGAAAUUCUGCCCCAUGUAGAUCGACGUGUAAGAGAAAUUAUCCGACAUGAACGAUUCCAUAAAGGUGCCGUCUACAAUGAUGUGGCCCUGCUAAUCCUAAGCGAAGACUUUCAGUGGCAGGAAAACAUCCGUCCCAUCUGCUUGCCAGAAUCAAGUAUGAAAUUUGACCACAGUCGUUGCUAUGCCACCGGUUGGGGUAAGGAUAAAUUCAGUAAUGCAGGUGAAUAUCAAACGAUUUUGAAGAAGGUGGAUGUGCCCAUUGUACCGCAUGACACAUGUGAGGCGAAUUUAAGACAGACACGUCUAGGUUUGCACUUUAGCCUGCAUGAAAGUUUCAUAUGUGCCGGUGGUGAGAAGGGUAAAGACACGUGCAAGGGUGAUGGUGGCUCACCGCUGGUAUGUCCCAUGCCUGGUACCCCAGAUCGUUUCUAUCAGGCUGGCAUUGUGUCCUGGGGCAUUGGUUGUGCUGAAGAGAAUAUUCCCGGUGUUUAUGCCAAUGUGCCUCAUUUACGUUCAUGGAUCUCGGAAAAACUCUCAAUUCAGGAUAUUCCAUUCAAUGAUUUUACUCCUUAAGAAAUGAACGUUUGAUGAUGGAAAGUGUACUAGUGAUAUAAACAUUUUAUAAUUUAAUAUUUUUUUAUACAUAUAGAUUUGUAAAAUUUUGGUGUCUUAUUGUCUCAUCAAAGUCCAGAAUAUGAUUUGUUGAAUUCUACUUUUAAAAAAUCUUAAUUUUUGGGUACUAAAGAAAGUACAACUUUAAGAGCAGAA